AUGUAAACUCAAUCACAACAGACUAAUAUCACGAUCAGUGCAGGACCCAGAGAUGCAUAAUGGAUAGAUAGACUAAAAGAAGAAUAUGCUGCUUUGAUCAACUAUAUAAAAAACAAUAAAAGUGAAGAUAACGAUUGGGUAAAAUUGGAACCAGCAAAUAAAGAAUGCACAAAUUGGAAAGGAAAGUGCUGGGUAGUCCAUAAUUUGAUUAGAUAUGAAUUUGAUUUUUAAUUUGAAAUUCCACCAACAUAUCCAUUGGCACCUAUAGAAAUCGAAAUUCCAUCAUUAGAUGGUUUGACACCUAAAAUGUACAGAGGUGGCAAGAUCUGCAUUGACAUUCAUUUCGCUCCUUUAUGGUAGAAGAAUGCACCCAAGUUUGGGAUUGUUCAUGCUCUAUAACUGGCUUUAGCCCCUUGGUUGGCAGCUGAAAUCCCUGUGUUGAUUGAGGAAGGUAAAAUAAAAAAGGAUUGAAAAUGUAUAUUAAAAUUUAUAAUGUCUAAAAUAUUGAGAU